CAAACACUUCUUCCAUUUCCAAUCGUUAUCUCAUACAACGGAGAGAGAUCAAGACAGAGAGAGAGAGAGAGAGAGAGAGAGAGAGGAAGAAGAACAUCGGAAGAUGGAGAAACAGGCAGUGUCUGCGAUGGAUGCUUUCGAGAAGCUCGAGAAGGUCGGGGAGGGAACCUACGGGAAGGUGUACCGGGCCAGGGAGAAGGCCACGGGCAGGAUCGUGGCCCUCAAGAAGACCCGCCUCCACGAGGACGAGGAGGGCGUCCCUCCCACCACCCUCCGCGAGAUCUCCAUCCUCCGCAUGCUCUCCAGGGACCCCCACAUCGUCACACUGAUGGAUGUGAAGCAAGGGCAGAACAAAGAAGGGAAGACUGUGCUCUACCUUGUAUUCGAGUACAUGGAAACGGACGUGAAGAAAUUCAUCCGGAGCUUCCGCUCCACUGGGGAUGACAUUUCCCCCAGGAUCGUUAAGAGCCUGAUGUACCAACUGUGCAAGGGUGUUGCUUUCUGCCACGGUCACGGGAUCUUGCACAGGGAUCUUAAGCCGCACAAUCUCUUGAUGGACCGAAAGAUGAUGACCCUCAAGAUAGCCGAUCUCGGGCUAGCCCGCCAAUUCACCCUCCCAAUCAAGAAGUACACUCAUGAGAUUCUGACCCUCUGGUACAGAGCUCCCGAGGUCCUCUUGGGCGCUACACACUACUCUACUGGGGUAGAUAUGUGGUCUGUCGGCUGUAUUUUCGCUGAGCUCGCCACAAAGCAGGCACUCUUUCCGGGAGAUUCCGAGCUCCAACAGCUCCUCCAUAUCUUUAGGUUGCUCGGGACUCCAAAUGAGAAGAUGUGGCCAGGAGUCAGCAAGCUGAUGAAUUGGCACGAGUACCCUCAAUGGAGACCUCAGGACCUAUCUUCAGCUGUCCGAAAUCUCGACAAGGAUGGACUCGAUCUCUUAGCGCAAAUGUUGCAGUACGAGCCUUCAAAGAGGAUCUCAGCAAAGAAAGCUAUGGAACAUCCUUACUUUGAUGAUGUUGACAGGGAGAACUUGUGAACGUCUCUCCUCAACUCGACAGUGCAUUAGCUUCUCAUGGGCGAAAGUUUGUGAUUUGUGAUUGGCGUCCCUCUAGCAUUUAAGUAUGCUGGAGUUCUAGGAUGAAGAUAGAUAGUUGUUCAGUAUAUUAGCUUGUCGAUCGCUGUUUCUUAAUGGUCAAAUCUAGCAAGACUCGUUCUUCGUGCUGCCGGGUUUGUAUGUUUCAAAAUCUGAUAUCGAAUUGAGUGUUCGACUUACAUGUUGAAUCAGAUUCAUUCAAUCUGAUCUAAUGUGAAAGUUUCUGAUUUUAAUUCUUUA